AUGGCUAGAUACGGUGCUACUUCCACUAACCCAGCUAAAUCUGCUUCUGCUCGUGGUUCCUAUUUGAGAGUUUCUUUCAAGAACACUAGAGAAACUGCUCAAGCCAUUAGUGGUUGGGAAUUAACCAAGGCUCAAAAAUACUUGGAACAAGUCUUGGAUCAUCAAAGAGCCAUUCCAUUCAGAAGAUUCAACUCUUCUAUUGGUAGAACUGCUCAAGGUAAAGAAUUCGGUGUUACCAAAGCUAGAUGGCCAGCUAAGUCUGUUAAAUUCGUUCAAGGUUUAUUAGUCAAUGCUGCUGCCAACGCUGAAGCCAAAGGUUUAGACUCUACUAAAUUAUACGUUUCUCACAUCCAAGUCAACCAAGCUCCAAAACAAAGAAGAAGAACUUUCAGAGCUCACGGUAGAAUCAACAAGUACGAAUCUUCUCCAUCUCACAUCGAAUUAGUUUUAACUGAAAGAGAAGAAACUAUUGCCAAGGCUGAAGAAAAGAAGGUUGUUAGAUACACAUCUAGACAAAGAGGUAGAAUUGCUGCUCAAAAGCGUAUCUCUGCCUAA